ACUUCUCUUUUCUUUCUGUUCAAAUCUCCACGAGGAUGUCUGGUUUGGAGAUAGCGGGCCUGGCAGUUGGCGUUUUGCCUAUCCUAUUUGAAGUUGUCAAGUCCUACUCAAUCAUACGUGAUAAGAUACGCACAUUCCGCCGCUGCAAUCAAGAGCUCGAAGAUGUUUUUGUGGAAUUUAAAGCCAUCAGAGUAAUUUUCUUCAACGAAGUACGGUUAUUACUGCGUUCUAUGGAAAUCAAGAAACAAGUGAAGCUUGAUCUUGAAGAAUGCAAUAACCGACGUUGGGCAAACCAAGAAACCGAAGACCGAUUCAGAGCAGUACUUCAGGACAACUAUGACGCUUGCAGGGAGAUCAUUCAACAUAUUAGUCGAUAUCUCGAGGAAAUCGCAUCAGAACUGGAGAAUUUUGAGCCCUUUUUGAGCCAGAAAUUACCGACUGAGUCUAUCAGGUCAGUUUACAAACGUUUGAGCAAAUCGCUGAAGUUUACUUUCAAUAAAUCGAGAUACGACAAAUGUUUAACCAGCCUACGAGAUCGGAACAGUGAGCUAAUCUCGCUGCGGUCCCAAGUUGUUGCUAUCGAGCAACAGGAAGUUCCUUCAGGUGUCUGUAUCCAGCAUGUCCCAUUGCCCAGUCGAUUCAAAACUAUUCAAACCGUUUCUCGAAAGCUUCACGAGUCUCUUUGUGGGGCUUGGCGUUGCAAUCAGCCCACGCACUGCGGGCAUGACGCUAAGCUAUGCCUUGAUGCUGAUGCGAAACAUGAUGUAACCUUGGAUCUUGCUAUAUCUUGUCGCGAAUCCAGCUAUGUAAAUUCUUCUUGUUUGCUACCUGAAUCUACAAUCUGGCUGUUCGUACAAUCGACAAGUAUAUCCGCAGACACACUACCAGACACGCCCAAAAUCCAAGAUAGUCUUGAUAUGUGCUCCGAAAUAGCACUCGAACUACUAAACCCUGUCGUGUCGAGUUCUUCCAAGACCUUGAAGAAAAAGGCAUCUUGUGAUCUUUCGAAAGACUCAGCUCCUAAGAAAAAAGCUCGGCGUGUUCAAUUUCAAGUAUCUACAUCACCACUUCCAGCGAAAGUACCCAACGCAGAUGUUCCUGGUACGCUAUUCACAUUCGGAGUUGAUCUCUGCAAGACGAAGAGUAUUUGUGACUAUUUGCGAGAGUGUUAUGAGGCACGGCUACUAAAGUCGGCAAAGGAAUGUAUUGGCUACUUGGACAGCGCGCAGAUGUACAAGCAUCUAUUCUACCUCAAGGAGAGAAAAUCAAAACCACAACUGGAUAACUCGGCAUCUUCUACCAUAUCUAAAAUUCAGGACGCACUCAGACAGGAGGUGUACGAUGCUUUACAACCCGAGGAUCGCUUAAAGCUAGCACAUAGACUGGCCGUUGCAACUUUACAAUACAAUGACACCCCCUGGCUUCCUGAGCGAUGGCGCUUAGGAGAUCUCAGCUAUCUUGGAUCAAGAUCUUCGUUCAACGUCGAAGCCCUCAAGACCUUACACUUCAACUCACAGAUAUCGCGACCCGCUACAACAGCAGAUGGUCAAAUGGAGGAUAUACAGCAAGACACUGGAACAAUCUCAGAACAAACACGUUACGGUAUCAACAACACUACACUAUUCUUCCUCGGUGUUGCAAUGCUCGAGAUCGCCUACUGGACGCCGAUUGAAGAAAAGAUGACGAACAGGGAUGAAAACAAUCCAGUUUUCGCUGCUCGCAGACUUGUUCUAGACCGAGGGGCCCCAUUGGGUCCAGAGUAUCAGCGAAUCGCACAAAAAUGUCUUGAAUGUAACUUUGGGUUCGGGACCAAGCUCAGCAACAAGGGCCUACAAUCUGCCGUGUACAACGAUGUGGUAUGUCAGCUGGAUGAGAUGAUCGAAAGGCUUGAGAGGCUGAGUGUGUGAAUCUUGGCUUGAGUUCUUGUAUUCACUGGCCAAGGGGGUUAGCGCGAUGGGUUUUUUUUCUUCUUCUUCUAUAUUUUCCUCUACUACAAUGAUAAGGAACCUGGAUCACUCU